UUCUCUUGUCUACACCGUCCGAUCUCAUUCCACGUCAUCAAUCCGCGUGAAUCCAAAUUUCAACGGCUCAGAUCAAGUUGCAGAGCUACUGGUACAACGAACGAAGAAGCUCCUCCUUCCUCUGUCUCUCUUUCCCAAUUUCUGAUUUUAAAUUUUUUUCCAGGAAAAAAAAUAUUUUCUCGAGAAAAGUCUGUAUACUAUUGCUUUAAUUUUGGUAGCUUUUUGAGUUUUGAACAUGAAAGCCAUGGAACAAAAAGGAGAAAUUUUCGAAGAGGAGAAGGAUAUUAGACUCUUUAAUGAAGAGGAAGAAACAGACGACGAGACUGAAACAAAGGAAGGUGUAGAAGCCGAAGAGGAAGAGGAAGAAGAUGACGACGACGACGAAGAUGGUGACGACGAUGAUGAAGACGACGACGUCGACGACGAUGAUGGAGCCGGAGCCGAAGACGAAGAAGACGACGAUGAGGUGCAGGUCUUACACUCGUCUGGUGGGCCACCGGUUCAGGCGGCAGACGAUGAUGAGGACGAAGACGACGAAGACGAGGACGAAGACGAUGAUGGUGAGGGCGGCGACGACGACGACGAUGACGACGAUGAUGAGGAAGACGAGGAGGAUGAAGAUGCUGAAGAGGAGGAGGACAUGGGAACCGAAUACCUGGUUCGACCAGUAGGUCGUGCUGAAGAUGAGGAGGAUGCUAGUGAUUUUGAACCAGAAGAGAAUGGAGAGGAUGAGGAUGUUGAUGAGGAAGGUGAAGAUGAUGGAGAAGAUGGGAAGGUGGAGGCUCCAGCAAAGAGGAAGAGGUCGAAUAAAGACGACUCAGAUGACGAUGAUGAUGGUGGUGGUGGAGAGGAUGAUGAGAGACCAUCCAAGCGAUAGGGCUGGGACCCUUCUUGGGUUGAGGAAUGACCAUUAACAUAUAGGUCGAUCUCUCUAUCCCUCUCUCUUAAACCCAUCUCAUCUUUGUAGAAAGAAGGAUAGGAUAUGCUUAUGGAUUAUGUUUUUGAAUCCUGUAUGAUUAAUUAUCAGUACUUUUUAGGAUUAUAUGUUUAAUUUGGUAAAUGCGGGUGGACGGUUUGAAUAACUAUUUUGAAGACAAUUGGAUUAGAUUUUCUGUAAGUUAUGAUCUUAGCUAAGCUGUGGACAUUUAAUACUCAAUGUUUAGGUUGAUUGCAGGCUUCCUUUUAUAUUGAAAACUUAAAUCUGUGAAA